GAGACCAUUGCACUAAAGAAGAGAGCUUCAAGGUUAAACCUCAAUUUCUCUGAAAGGGCCCAUGAAGAGAGAGCAGCUGUCUCCACGGCCAGGCCCAGCCAUUCCCCACGCAGAGAACAUCUACUUCCCAGGCAAGGGUCGGGGGAUGUUGAGCUGGAGCAGCUCGCCAUCAUCCCAGUCAUCCUCUGAGUACCAGUCCUACUCCCAGUACCAGUCUUGCUAUUCCUGCACUUAUGGGGACCAGGACGCUGCCCAGCAGAGCAUGUGCGCCUUCUACACCCACGUGCAGACCGUGCAGGGUGUGGCCGUGGCCUGGGAGACCGACAGUGGCUUCGAGCCAGUCACCCGACAGCCCCGCAUCCACGAAGCCGAGUUCAUCAAGAGGCAGAGGCGGAAAGGCUCCUCCUUUGAGAUGGCUUCCAAUACGGACCUGCGCUGGGAACUGGAAGCCAGCAAGAACAACACCAGCUCAGAGCCAGAGGACACGGAGCUGCUGGCGCCCCUGGAGUGCUGCCUGCAGGAGCUGCGGGACACCCCGGACUGGCUGGUCACCACCAACUACGGGCUGCGGUGCGUGGCCUGCUGCCGGGUCUUCCCCACGCUGGAGGCACUGUUGGAGCACGCCCAGUAUGGCAUCCAAGAGGGCUUCAGCUGCCAGAUCUUUUUCGAGGAGAUGCUGGAGAGAAGGAGGGCCCGGGACCAAGGGCAGGAACAAGAGCCAGAGGAGGCGCAAGAGAGCGCUUCGGACAGCAGUGAAUGUCCAAGGCCCCGUGUCAAGCUGCCUUCGUCACAGUCACAGUUGCAGAAGCACUGAGCCGGAGGUAUGUGCCCUGCCCUGUCCUCACCUCCGGCACCUCAGUCGCUCCUUCCCCGGCCAUCAGGACCAGAGCCACCGGGGCAGGGAGAAAGGAUGAGGGCCGGGGAAGGAAGCGAGCGGAGUGUAGAGGUGGGAAGGCAGUGAGGACGUCGGGGAAGUCACCCUCCCAAAGGGCACAGCAUUUCAACCAGAAUCCAUUUCAAAACGUGAAUCAAGUGUUUCUUACAGUGGGUGCAAGACCUGAAAACCCGCAAGCUUGUGGCCACAGGGAUUUCUAUUUUUGCUGGUGGGUCAAGCAGGUCAUGACUCACAGGAGAGACAACUACAAAUGAAACUUCAGCCCUAUUUUUUUCAUUGUUAGGAACUCAUCAU